CGCCCCCUCUCUAUCUCUCUCUAGAGGACUUGUUUAGGCUUCACCUGCUUCUCCAUCAGAGAUCUACUCAGGACCAAUGAGCCUCAGCUCUCCCUCAGCCUCAGGUCUGCGGACGGAACGAGCGAGGUAGGAGAGGUGAAGGUGGGUCGUCUGCAGAUGAGAGACAUGGAAAACAGAGAGGGGGAGGACACCACUUCAGACAUCCCUGGACACAAGUGUCCUCUCCUGUGUGAUUCUCUCCAUGGCUCCAUGCACGACAGAGACAACAGUCCCAUGAUGAGGGCAGUGUUCAGGAGCACCGUGUGUAAAGUGUACCGGUUCCAGACCGAGUCUAGCAGGUGGAUGCUGGUGAGAGAACAGAUGAGUGAAAGCCCUCUGUCCUCCAGUCUACCCAAACAGCUUCUGUCCUGCUACAUACAAGAGGACAUGAGGAGGGUCCAGGAGCUUUGUGACCUAUGUGACCUUUCACCCUACUGGGAGCGGUUAAGGACUGAUGUUAUCGCCCACUACAGUCAGCUGAUCAGCACCUACCAGGAAACACUGACAGAACUCAACAAACUGACAGGCUCGUCCUGUUCCUUUAAGGCCAGCUGUAGUAAGAGUGACAGAUAUCUAGAGUUUAUACCUGUCAAUCUACACACACAGAGGAUGCAGGUUACCUGCUCACGGAGAACAGUAUGGUAUGAUGUUGUGACAGUAGGAGCCCCAGCUGAUCACUACCAGGGGUUUAAACACGGUGGGCUACAGAGGAUGCUCAACAAACCAGACAGCGACAACAAGAGCGUUAGUUCAGCACAUUGUUGUAUCUCCUACUCACCAGAGGAGAGCUCCAGAGCCAGGGAGGUACUGAGUAGUGUCUCCCAGCUCCAGCCUCUCAUCUCUGGGCUAACUGAGGAGCUACUGCAGGCUGCUCUGGAAGUCAACUCCCAAAAACUACAGGACAUACUGCACAGCCUGGCACACAGGACGGAACAGUUUGUUCACGCUGUGAAAGAUGAGCUGGUAAAGAACGCCCUAUUGGCUCUCCACGCGGCAAGGCCCGCCUACCACCUCAGCAACGGACAUGCCCACGUAACCCACGGCAAUGGGACGGGUCCCAGGCUCUCCUCGGCCAAUCAGGACGGGUUAUGGCCGUCGAUGCGGCGACAGGAGUAUGAUGAGGAAGAGUGGGACAGGGUGUGGGCUAACGUUGCUAUGAGUCUGAACUGCAUCAUCGCCAUGGUGGACCGCCUACAGGAGAGGGAGAACAGGAAACAGGAAGUGACCUCACAGACACAGAAUGAUGUCACCACCACCUCGCACAACACUGACCCUUCCCGCUCUCCUUGGCAGGCCUCUCUCGCCCAUCUUCCAGACCCGUCCCGCGCUCCUUGGCAGGCCUCUCUCGCCCCUCUUCCAGACCCGUCCCCCUCUCCGUGGCAAGAACAACUCCUCCCUCUAGUUGUGACUCUGAAGGAGUGUGUGUGUGACGCGGUGGAGGGGGCCCGGUGUGCUAUGACCUUCGUCCUCCUACAGGGGGCAGCAGCAUCAGCCUGCCACGGCCAGGCCCUGACACACAGACGAGAUGCUGUCUUCAGCCAGGCACUGUGUGCGGUGGUGUGUGGGUUCGUAUUGAGGCUGUACUCGGGUCUGGAGGAUAAAGUCUUCCUGCUGCAGCUCUGUGAGGUUGGGCUCAUCACACAGUUUGAAGGACUGCUCAGCACCUACAGUGAUGAGGUGGGUAUGCUAGAGGACAUGGAGAUGGGAGUAUCAGACCUGAAUAGAGUCUCCUUCAAAAUAACUGAAGCCAAAUCGGAUCAACCCACAGAUCUACUGCCCUCUGUCACUGGACUACGGGGUUGUUUUUGUGUGGAAGUCCCGUUGCCGUCGGAGACGUACCUGUUGUUACCAGCUGAACUGAGAGAUGGGCGGGACUUAAGAGUUCACCCGUUACUGUUUAACAUCGGCAUCAACCAGCAACAGAGUCUAGCCGAGAGGUUCGGAGACAGUUCUAUCUGUUUAUAUAUCUAGGUUCGGAGACAGUUCUGUCUGUCUAUAUAUCUAGGUUCGGAGACAGUUCUAUCUGUUUAUAUAUCUAGGUUCGGAGACAGUUCUGUCUGUUUAUAUAUCUAGGUUCGGAGACAGUUCUAUCUGUUUAUAUAUCUAGGUUCGGAGACAGUUCUGUCUGUCUAUAUAUCUAGGUUCGGAGACAGUUCUAUCUGUUUAU